ACUGAGUGUGGUGAGAAGAAGAGAGUACAGGCGACGACGAUCAGUGGGUCGAGGCGAGAGCAAUGAGUGACGCCCAGACGAGAGGAGACCAGCCGCGAGAGAGGAGCCGAGAGGAUUGCCGAGAGUACGUAGCGAGGGCAGAGCGAUUGAGAAGGAAGGAACGAACGAAGUAAGCGGGAGGCGGAGGGGAUCUGGGAUCAGCGCGAGCGAGAGUCCGAGAGGAAGAGAAGAGGAGGUGAGGAGGUUAUAUGAGACGUAGUAGUGCGCGGUCGAAGAGAAUUCAAUAGAAGGCGAUCGUGCUCAUGAGACGGGGGCGACUUCGCUGGAGCGAACCUUCUGUUUCGUGGAUGCGACCUAUGCGGUCUUUGCUCUGCAGAACUAUAUUUGAACAGACACGAAGGCUGAGAUUUAGACCUGGAGUUGUCAGCCACCAUUUGCGAUGAGGUUUGUCUGCUGCACUGUCUGACCCGGUUCGACAUAACACGCUCCCACACGCGGGUCCUCAAAUUGACUCCCGGAUAGAUACAAUCUUCUUUCAAGUGGCUAUGGUUCUUGUUUCCUGACGCCGAGCUUUGGCGUGCUUCUCUGGUCACAGUUCCAGGUCGAAACACCCGGAGGUGGCCCAUGUGAAUUGUUCCCUCAGUGGCUCCCAACGAUAAGCCUCGACGCGGAUUCCUAUAAGCAAUUUGCGUGGAAUGCUGUUCACGGGACCAUGUGAUGGUCGGGAGGAUCCGUUUGUUUACAUUCUCACCGAAGCGGCUCCUUUGAGUUGAUUCUCUUCCUUCGAAAUGUGUACUUCUCUUUGACACGAUGUAAACAUGACGCCAUCUGCCUUUCCCUCGUCGUAUGGUCACUCUCGGUGGCGGAGGGUGCUCUGCGUUAUCCAAGACUGGAGUGUUUGAGUUUUUUCCUGGCCUUCUGGAAUAGUCCGUCCUCGAUGCCAGUUACUACCUCACGCCGUCAAGUUCACUUUUGUACGGGAAUGAUUCACCUCUUUCCACGGUUUCCGAAUAGUUGUCGUCAAUGCCUGAACUUGCCAUCGGACUACAUAUCCUCAUCCAUGACCAAGUAGUUCGUGACCAAGUAGGGGUGGAAGCGGCGUGAGGCUGUUGUUGGCUGCGCUCACGAAGUGGGUUUCGAUCCUUAUUUGAACAUCCUCAUCUUCUGAAGGCGCAAUCGAGCACCUGUCUUGCAGUGAAGUUUGAAGCAAAACCUGAACAAAAGAGUGCUAGGCUUCGCAUUGUGGCCCUCCUGCUGGAGCUUGCGCGAGCGAGAGAUAGAGAGAUGCAAGUUUCCUCCUCAACUUGUGCGAAGAUCAGGAAAGAUACGUCGACGAGUUCGAGCCAUUGAGAGGAAACUGACCUUUUGAUUUUGACCCACGAGAUUUAUCGUGAUCCUGCUCAAGGCGACUUUAGUUAUCCUGAGUUGUAGUUGUUUCUCAGUUCAACCGAAAGAUUGACGUGCUCAGUGCGAUGGGACCGUUUAGCCGAACGCCACUCGAACUGAGCCAUUGACAUGGUCUGCCGUUCAGGGUUGUCAACUCAAGUGUAGCACGUUCUCCACGCAUCAAGUGGUUCGCGAACGGUUUGCGCUUAGUGGCUUACACAAGUUAAGCGAGUUUGGCUAGCCGAAUACUGUCGUCAGAGUUCGUCGACCAUGAAAGAAAGAAUACAGCAGGUGCUUAGCCCAGAACAUACACAAGGAAUAUUAGGGAAGAAGGCGUCGAGUAAAGCGCUCAAGAGCGACGAUUUUGUUGAGAAUGGUAGACGGUUAGUUGGAGACGGCUUCGCUUUGAACGAGGAUAAACCUGCAGCGAAGAUGCCUGGAGGUCGGCUGAAGGGGGGUUCUUCGACAUUUCACAAGGACCACAAGGAUCAUAAGGACCACAAAGAUACGAAAGAUCACAAGGACUACAAAGAUCAUAAGGAUAACAAGGACGCCAGGGAUUCCAAAGACCAUAAGGAGCAGAAAGAGCACAAGGACCACAAUCACAACAAGGUGCAGGAAGAUGUCUACAAUAAGGCGCCAGAGGCGAACGAGAAUCACGUGAAAGAAGAUGAAGGCGAGGGUCAGAAACGGAGAGCACAAGAUGGGGAGAGAGAGACACUGCUUCAGUGGGGCCAACGGAAGCGACCACGCUACAGAGAGUCUCAAAAUGGGACUCUAAAGACUUCUAUCAGAGCUGACAGACGAGUUGUACGAGCUGAUAAGCAGGUCGCUGCACAGCCCGCCACCCACCCCAGAGGAAACUCUCUGAGACCAUCUAACGUGACCACACAAGAACCUGCUUCCGGAUCUGGAAAGAGGAUUGUUGAAGGAGCUGGUGCCUCUGCGUCCGCGGUACCCAACAGCGACCACAAUCAUGGUCAAACGAGCACGGGACAUUUACGCUCCAGUGCCGCUGAGAAAGAUGAUUCCAGAAAUCAUCAAGUUUUGACUGAAAACCCGGAGAAGGCUUCGGCUUGUCCUGCAAGCACCAGUGGGGUAAAUGGUGGAAAUGCAGCGCCCGCUGCUUUUACCCACGGGCGACCAGAGAAUGACUUCUUCCAGGAAAAGGCUCAACCACCCGAAAAGAUGAACUUGGAUUUUUUCGAAUGGCCGAAAAUCGUCUUGGGUUUGACCAGGAAGGAGAAGGAAGAUGAUUUCUUGACUAUCAAGGGUACAAAACUUCCCCAAAGGCCGAAGAGGAGACCGAAGGCGGUCGAGAAGAAUGUCAAUUUUAUCAGCCCCGGAACAUGGCUGUGUGACUUGACUCGGGAGCGUUACGAAGUCCGAGAGAAGAAAGCCGUGAAGAAGAAACCAAGGGGAUUGAAGGCCAUGGGCAGUGUAGACAGUGACUCUGAGUAAAGGCCAUGUGACCAGAUCCGUCAGAGCAGGAGCUACUGCCGCCGCCUUCUCCUCUCCUUCUUGUUACGUAUUUCCAACCCUGGGGCAUCCAAUAUUGCUCGAAAUUGGGUGCUGCAGAGUUAUUCUUUGUAGAAUACGAGCCCUGUUAUUGAAGCCUGAUAUUAAGGGAGAGUUGAGUAAAUGUCUUGCGAAUUUUAUGAAGGUCUCUCUGCCAACAAAGUUGACCAGGUCACUGCCCUUGUGAGAUAAUCUGUUAACCAACACACGCAAGAACAUUUUUGGUGGACAUAUCGCCUGAUGUCCUCACAUACCAUGACAUUGAUCCUUACUGAGCAUCUGGUAGGUCCUCAACUUGCAUGCAACUGCCUCUUAGAAAGAUAUGGCCACCACUGUCUAGUAGCAAGUCCUCGAAGAUAGUUCAAGAGUAUCUAUUCCUCACUGUGGACAUGUCUGUAGUUAAUCAUCAGAAUCAACCAUGUCAGAUGAUUCUUAGCAUAGAUGUGACGAAGGCAGUAAGGCCGUCAAGACACGUGGUGAUCACGUAACGUGUUCAGGUUUUUUGGUUUCUGAUCUGAGAAAUUCACGAUGAUAGAUACUUUUUUUCA